CAGAGAGGAGGGCGCGGGCACAGCGCCACCUGUCCCCGGAGGACGAGGUCGGAGUCCUGAUCCCGGUGGGUCCCUGCUGUUCUAGCCGCCCAGGCCCGCACCGAACGCCAUGGCCCAGCCACCGCCCGACGUCAGGGAGGACGACUGUCUCCCGGAGUAUCGCCACCUCUUCUGUCCGGACUUGCUUCGCGACAAGGUAGCCUUCAUCACAGGUGGUGGCUCUGGAAUCGGGUUCCGGAUUGCUGAGAUUUUCAUGCGGCACGGCUGCCACACAGUCAUCGCCAGCAGAAGUCUUCCCAGAGUGUCGAUGGCUGCCAGAAAGCUGGCUGCUGCCACUGGCCAGAGGUGCCUCCCUUUAUCUCUGGACGUCCGAGCUCCCCUGGCCAUCAUGGCAGCUGUGGAGCAGGCUCUGAAGGAGUUCGGGAAGAUCGACAUUCUCAUUAACUGUGCAGCCGGGAACUUCCUGUGCCCUGCCAGUGCCUUGUCCUCCAACGCCUUCAAGACCGUGAUGGACAUUGACACCUUGGGCACCUUCAACGUGUCUCGCGUACUCUACGAGAAGUUCUUCCAUGACCAUGGAGGGGUGAUCGUGAACAUCACUGCAACCCUGGGUACCCGCGGGCAGGUGCUCCAAGUUCAUGCAGGCUCUGCCAAGGCGGCCGUGGAUGCGAUGACACGGCACCUGGCUGUGGAGUGGGGCCCCCAGAACAUCCGCGUCAACAGCCUUGCCCCUGGCCCCAUCAGCGGCACAGAGGGCUUCCGGCGGCUGGGUGGGCCACAGGCCAGCAUGAGGGCAAAGGUCCUGGCAAGCCCCCUGCAGAGGCUGGGGAACAAGACGGAGAUCGCCCACAGCGCCCUCUUCCUGGCCAGCCCUUUGGCAUCCUACGUGACGGGGGCCCUGCUGGUGGUUGAUGGUGGGGCCUGGCUGACAUUCCCUAACGACAUCCAGUCGCUGGCGGACUUCUCAUCCUUCUCUGCUAAGCUCUAGCUUGUUUUAGAAGUCUGCCCAUGUGGUUGUGUGAGGAUGUGAUCCAUUUGCUGAAACUGCUCAGUAUUCCAUUGCAACAGACUUCCCCCCAGCCAGCCAGCAAGCUCUUCACGGGACUAUGGAAACCAGGGCUGCCUCAAACACCCCUUUCCUGCCUCCUCUUGGACCUGAAGGUGGAGAAGCAGGAGUGCCAGGUUAAGGGGACACAGAGCUGCAGCUGUAUUAGUUCUGUGAAUCCCCACACUUGGCUGACAUCAGACUUAAUUUCUACUGAUUGAUGAUGUCAAAUGCUAUCGUUACUCAUUCCCUUGAUUAUCAGUGUGGUUAAGCAUCUUUUUAUAUGUUUAUUGGCCAAUUGAGUUUCUUCCUCUGGAGCUGCUUAUUUGUAUUCACUGCUGAUUUUUCCACUAGGUUGCUGUUCUUUUACUGUUUUUUGAGGAAUUGUUGUGUAUUCUGGAAAUAAAUCCAUUGUCAGUUACAUCUGUUUUAAAUAUCUCUUCCCAGUUGCUAUGGACUGAAUCGUGUCCCCCCAAAUUCAUGUGUUGAAGCCCUAGCUCCCAAAGCAAUGGUAUUUGGAGAUGGGGCCUUUUGGGAGAUAAUUACCAUUAUAUGAGUUCAUGUAGAUGACCUCCCAUGAUAGAAUUGCUGCCUUAUAAAAAGAGGAAGAGGGAGAGAUGGCUCUCUUCACCAUGCUAGGACACACCUAGAAGAAGACCCUCACCACAAGCCCGGAAGAGAGCUCUCAACAGGAAGGAAUUUGCUGGUGUGAAAAGUAAUAAAAGGAAACCUCACCAAAAUGGAACCAGGGUGCCAGAAGGGGGAGCUUUCAUGCACAUACCACUCAACAUCAGCACAGAUCCCAACAUGUCCCAGCAGCAAGGGAUACUACUUUACGACCCAGCAGGAGGAAGAAACAAUUUCUCUUUGACCAGCAACAGUCCAGCCAAUGAAAAGCCACUGCACCUAGAACUCCCAGUUUCCUCCAAUGGGCUCUUUGUUUAUGACAGCUCCUCUCAACUCCUCCUUCUCCCCUAUAAAAGCAUUUCCUUUCCUUUGCUGGACAUAGUUGCAUGUCUCCAAUUACAACUCUUUGCGGCUUCUGAAUAAACCCAUGUUGCUGGUAAAAUAACUGGCUUUUUAAUUGUUUUAGGUUAACACUGGCAUCUUGAUCUUGCAUUUCCCAGACUGCAGAAUUAUGAAAAAUAAAUGUGCUUUUUAACGAACCAGUAUAUGGCAUUUGGUCACAGCAGCAUGAGCAGACUAAGACA